UAUCUUUCGCAAUGGCGGGUAUACACGAAGGUCCCGAGUAUGGGAUCGGUGAUUUUGUGUUGCUCCGACAGUUGACAUUAGAUGGAUUUAUGGAAAAUUUGAAGCUGAGAUUUCAAAAGGGAAAAAUUUACACAUAUAUCGGAGAAGUAGUUGUAUCAGUGAAUCCGUAUCGUCCAGUUGAUAUUUACAAUGCCAGCUAUGUGGAACAGUACAGGGGGCGAGAAAUAUACGAAAGGCCACCCCAUAUUUUUGCCUUGGCUGACAGUGCCUAUAAAAACAUGAAAAGAAAUUCCAAAGACACAUGUAUUGUUAUCUCAGGUGAGAGUGGAGCAGGUAAAACUGAAGCAUCAAAGAUUAUAAUGAGAUAUAUAGCAGCCGUUACUAAUAUCAGUGGGCAAAAAGAAGUAGAAAGAGUUAAAGAAAUACUGAUAAAAUCUAAUGUUAUAUUAGAAACAUUUGGUAAUGCUAAAACAAAUAGAAAUGACAACUCUAGUCGAUUUGGUAAAUAUAUGGAUAUCAACUUUGAUUUUAAAGGGGAUCCUAUUGGUGGACAUAUCAACAAUUAUUUAUUAGAAAAGAGUAGAGUAGUGUAUCAACAGGAAGGGGAGAGAACUUUUCACUCUUUUUAUCAGUUAUUGAGUGGAGCUCCUGAGGGUUUAUUAUCUGAGUUAAAGUUGAGUCGAGAUUCCAAUAAAUAUUAUUAUAUAUCACAAGGUGGUAGCUCACAGGUGAGCACCAUCAAUGAUAAGAGAGAUUUUAGGUCUGUCAAUGAUGCCAUGAAGGCAUCAGGUUUUGCACCAGAUCACAUUAACACAUUGUGGCGUAUUGUGGCUGCUGUUAUACAUUUGGGUAGUGUCAAAUUUGAAGCUGAUCCUGAUCAACAUGAACAAGUUAUUAUAUCUAAUAUUACUGAAGUUAAAGAUAUUGCUAAAUUAGUUUCUGUAAAAGUUGAAGAUUUAAAGAAAGCUCUGUGUUUUCGUACUAUAGCUGCUGGAGGUCAGGUAGUAGAGAAAGGUCUACGAGAAUCAGAGGCAUAUUAUGCCAGAGAUGCUUUCGCAAAAGCCACAUAUGAUCGUAUGUUUUCUUGGAUAGUUGGGAGAAUAAAUGAAGCGAUUGACCCUAAAGUUAUUGGUAUGAAAUAUGUUGGUAAAAAUACAGUUAUUGGUGUACUUGAUAUCUACGGUUUUGAAAUCUUUGAUAAUAACAGUUUUGAACAGUUUUGUAUCAACUAUUGUAAUGAGAAGUUACAACAACUAUUUAUAGAACUUGUAUUAAAACAGGAACAGGAAGAAUAUAUGAAAGAAGGAAUAGAAUGGCAACAUGUGGAUUAUUUUAACAAUAAAGUUAUCUGUGAUUUAGUAGAACAAUCUCAUAAAGGAAUAUUAGCUAUAUUAGAUGAAGCUUGUUUAAAUGUUGGUAAAGUCACAGAUAUUAUGUUCUUACAAGCCAUGGCAACCAAAUUAAAUAAAAAUGACAGGUUUACAUGUAGAUCAUUAAAUCCUUCAGAUAAGACGUUAGAACAUGAUCGAGAUUUCCGUAUCAAGCAUUAUGCUGGUGAUGUGUCUUAUAGUGUCAUUGGUUUCAUAGAUAAAAAUAAAGACACAUUGUUUCAAGAUUUCAAACGGUUGCUCUUUAACAGUAAAGAUGAACUGAUCCGUGCAAUGUGGCCAGAAGGUAAACAGAGUGUGACAGAAACAACCAGACGGCCUGUUACUGCUGGAACUAAUUUUAAGAAUUCUAUUGUUGCUCUAGUCGAAAAUCUGGCAUCAAAGGAACCACAUUAUGUGAGAUGUAUUAAACCAAAUGAAUUAAAAUCACCAUCUGUAUUUAAUGAUGAGAGAAUAGGACAUCAGGUACGAUAUCUAGGAUUAAUGGAGAAUGUAAGAGUAAGGAGAGCUGGUUUCGCCUUCAGAAUGCAUUAUGACAGAUUCUUACUUAGAUAUAAAUGUAUUUGUACUAAAACAUGGCCUGUAUAUAGAGGUGGAGAUGUAGAUGGAACUAAAUGUAUUAUAAAUGAAAAAGGUUUCCAAGACGAUGUCAAAUAUGGCCGAUCUAAAAUAUUUAUCCGAUCACCACAGACAUUAUUCUCAUUAGAGGAAACACGUGAUGCGAAGAUACCAACAAUAGUUUCUUUCUUACAGAAGCACUGGAGAGGUGGUUUAGGAAGAAUGAAGGCCAAGAAGAUGAGAGCUAUUUAUAUCAUCAUGGCACGGUAUAGAAGAUACAAAAUGAGAAGAUAUGUCUUGAAAUGUGUGGACUUAUUCAAGAAUGUUAAGAAAAUGCGAGAUUAUGGUAAACAUGUGCAAUGGCCACACCCACCCAAGGUUUUACAAGGACUUGUUAGUAUGUUAAGCAGAGUUCAUAAUAGAUGGAGGGCCAACAUGAUUUUACGUAAGAUACCAAGAGAUGAAAGGCCAGCACUGAGAUUAAAGGUCACAGCAGGUGAUGUUUUGAAAGGUCGUCGCCAAGAAUGGGGUUUUAAGAGGAAAUGGGAAGGAAAUUAUUUGGCAAAUGCAGCAGAUAAUACAACAUCGACAUCAGAUUUUGUUGUGCAGGUCAGCACAUUGAAAGGUCAAGAUGGUUUCAGCAGAGUUCUUUUCUCUUCUUUUGUUAAAAAGGUAAACAAACACAAUAAGACAGCUGACCGUGCUCUACUGAUCACUGAUAAAUAUAUCUAUAAAUUAGAUCAAAAGAAAAAAUUUAAACCAAUGAGGAAAGGAAUCCCAUUAAUUGAGAUAACUGGAUUAGGAUUAACACCGGAAUCCGAUCAACUGAUUGUUAUACAUCUCUCAGGUGGUAAUGAUCUCGUACUGUGUUUAAUGAACAAUAAAAAAGAAGAACGCGUUGGAGAGUUAGUUGGAAUUCUGUGUUCACAUUGGCAGAAAACUAUGAAAAAGGACUUGAAAGUUAAUGUUGGUAAGAUGUUGAACGUUAUGUUGGGAAACAAAAGUCGUACAGUAACUGUCAAAACUACUGUAGCCAAUGGUGGAGCUACUUUCAAAAAGGAAGACCAAGGAUUGGCUCUAAUGUGGCCAGUAGGCUAAAAGUUUACAAAUCUGGUUAGACUUUUCUUGUGAUAAUUAAUUAACCUGUCUAGUGCUACAAUCCUACAGUAUACAGUGCUGGAUUUACCAUUGUACUUAGGUGUGCUUAAACACAGGGCUCUGUUGGGGUUGGGGGUGGGGUGGGGAUCUCCAUCUUCCCAGAUAAUUCAAAGAUUUGCCUAAAACUUGUUAAUGAUUGAUCAAGUAACAUGUAAUAUUUUAACUACUCAUAAAUUUUACCUCCUUCAGGGCCCAAGUAAGGGGCCUCAUCAGUACAGAUGAAAAAAUAUUAUUUUUGAUGUUGAUCGAAAAAAGAAAAACCAGCACUGAUAUGAAUUCAACAGAUAUAUAUAAGUUUUCUUUUGUUCUAAAAAUUUGUUAAUUUUGACAACAAUCUUGAGAAAUAACGUCAGAAAUUUGUACAGAAUUGUAAUAUUGAAUGAUAAGAAUCUUUUGCAAUUUAAAUGCACCGCAUUUCUUAGAAGUAUAACAUAUGAUAUUGAAGUUUCUGAUGUUUGGAAUCAAUAUAUAAUUUUUCUUUUAUGCAGCAUCGAUUUCCUACGCAAAUGAAAUCCAUUCUUUAUACUCAAUUACUAUUUCAAUGAAAUUUUGGGUUUUUUUCUUUACUAUGAUUAUUGCAACAUUAUAUUCUCUCAUAGAUUUAUUGUUAUACAUCGUACUUGUUUAUAUCAAUGAUUAUUUCUAGCAAUUCAUUCAGAUGUAUAAUUUAUGCAAAUUUAUAAUGGUAUGUUGUAGAAAAAUUACAGUAUGUAAUCAUAAUGAUUACAAAAGUAAAUAUUGUUAUUAUAAUACUUGCACAAAUAUCCAAUUUAUUUUUGAUGAUAAAAAUCUAUUUGUAGAGCAUUGUGUUAUUGUAGUGCUUACUUUAAAUAGUUUGUUUUAAUAUUAUUCUAUGUUAGUUAAAACUAACUAGAGCUAAAGCAGUGGACACAUUAGCUGAAUCGUUCAGCCGAAUCAAUCGGCGCCGAAUUUUAUUCGGCCGAAUGGGUGGACACACUAGCCGAAUGCUUCGCCCGAUUUAGCCUGCCGAUUGCAUCACCUUUCACGUCACAUGAUUAAACAUGACGGCGUCUAUGUCUUCAAUCUAGCAUGUGACUUCUCGAUAUGAGUGGUGAUUGGCUAAUGAAUUCUAUAUUCGGCCGAAUGCUUCGGCGAAGCGGACACACCAGGUGAAUAUAAUUCGCCCGAAUAAAUAUUCGGCCGAAUAUAUCAAACCUGUUUGAUUCGGACGAAUCAUUCGGCCGAAUAGAAAUUCAGCCGAAUGUCAGUGGACACACUAGGCGAAUUUCGACGCCGAUUGAUUCGGCCGAAUCAUUCGGCCGAAUCAUUCGGCUAGUGUGUCCACCGCUUAAUGGAAUUUGAUCAGAUUUCAUUGUUCCUUUAAAAUAUACAAAUAUAUUAAAGAAAAUAUACAAAUACAUUAAGGAAAAUCUACAAAAAUAUAAUUGAAAAUGAACUGAGAUGCAAUGAGAACUCACCACUUUUAUGAAUUAAUGAUUGUAGAUCUUGUUUUUACUAUUCUGAAUGAAACAACAUCAGAUCCUGAUGACAGCACGUGCAAAUGAUAUGCCAAGGUUGACCACUGAACACUGAGAAUGUGCCAUUGUGUUAAUUCACAAGGAAGCAGCAUUGUAACAAGAAUGAAGAAGUUUUUAUAUACACCUAGUUGCAUAAGCCUAUUCCCCAAUUCCAUUCAGAUAUUCUGAAUUUAAAAUAUUGUUUAAAAAAGAAAAUGGAAAAAAAUCCCUCAAGAAGUGAUUCAGACUUUGUCUCCUAUAUACAAUGAUGUUGGAUAUCAAUGUGUGGCUGCUAGAGUGAACAUGCUUGUUAUUGGCUCUUGAUUUUUACCUCUUGUGUCUAUGUUUCACUCUUAAAGUUAUGGCCUCCGUGGAUUGUUGUUGAUUUUCUUGUCAGUAAAUGGCCUGUCUACAAUCAUGCCAAAAAUAACAUUUCGACUGUUGAUGUGUCUAGCCAGCACUUACAGUCAAAUCAGUGGUCCGUUUUCAUUGUCUCAAUAUAUAUAUUGAUUUGAAAGACUACAGUUUCUAGGAAAUCUGAAAUUACAUGAGAUCAGUCCAAAAAUUGAUCUAUUGAAUGAAACAGAAUCAGCCUUCAUGUCCGUGUCUAUAUGUUCUGUGUUUUGGCUGCCAAGCCGUUUCCAAAGUUCUAAGUUAAUUUUAAAAAUACAGAACAAUAUUAACCUAUCCUUAACUGGAUAAACCUAUUAGAUCUAAUUAUAUAUGCAUUUUAUAUAUUUUGAUAAGUUAUAAACAUUACUUUUUUUAGUUGCAAUCACAUUUUUUACAUGUUUUUGUUACAUUAUUCAGUAUGAUCUUCAUGGUUUAAAUGUGAUUCUUACCAUCUGCAUUAAUUAAAUAGACUGGAUUUAGUUUUGAAUUAAUGAUGUGAAUUAUAAGAUUCACUGUUACCGGUAUAUAUAUUGGAAUAAAUCAACAAAAGAUGGUAUAUCAUGCUAAGUACAGUACAAGUAGGCUACAUGUACACAUAUCAAGUGCUUAUUAGCAAAUGCAGUGCUUUAAGAAUCUUUGCUUGUAUGGAAUACAAACUAUAAUGAUAAGAAAUAAUAUACAUUUAAUAUAAUAUUAGUUUAUAAAUGAAACUAAUGAAUUUUGAUGAGACAAAUUAAAGUAGCUAAGUCUCUAACUCAAUAUCAUCCAAAAUCUUCAAUAUUGAAAACACGAUUUAUUUGUCAAAUUAAAUCAACAUUCAUGUUGUGAUCUUACCGGGAAAAGAUGGGCUUUUGAUAUCCAAUAUUUAAGACAAAAUAAACAUUUUACCAUUGGUACACGAAUCGUGUACCAUAAUGCCCUUCAAGCCCCAGUUGUAUCAAGAGACUCGAGAGACGAGUCUAGACACAUUGCACCAAAUCAAACAGCGCAUGUAGACUGGAAUAACCAGACGCUAGAAAUUUGCACUCGCUUGAGACUGCUGGCUUAUUUCGCCGAACAUAACUGAUUUGAAAUUGGAGUAAAACGGAAACCAUUGAAUGUAAAUCAGUUGAUAUACAUUCAUAUUACAGUAUUAUAUGCGUUGCGACCCACUUUUGUCAAUUUCUAGGUCCCAAAUGUUAGCGAUUUAGCUCCUUUAAUAUAAGCCUUUGUCUUGUUUUUGAAUCCUUACCUUUUGACAGUGUAUGUAUACAAUAUCUAUCUUAUUGGAAUAAAAUAUUGUUUAAAUCAAUUUUGAUUAUGUAUGUGUUUACAUAUAAAAUGAAAUCUUUAAGGUGUUUAUGUUUUUUUGUAAAUGCAUUGAUAUGACAUGUUGAUAUUGUAAAAAUGUGACAUACUUUUCUGAAACUCAAUGUCUGUGGUUUAAACUGCAACUCUGUGUACUUGAUAGGAACAGUUUUAGUUUUUUUCCUUUGACUUGGUAUAGCAAAUGAUUAUGUUCUGAAGUAGAAAAUCUUUGAUUAUUUCCAUACUGAAAGUUAUUAGUGACAUCACUACACAUUUAAUUUCUUAAUAAGUUAACAAAAUGAACAUUAAGAUUUCUAUAGAGACGAUCAUAAAUGAGCUUUAAAACCAGAUUUAUAACAUACUUUUAAUUAUAGAAAUGCAUAUCUAGGGAUUAGAUACAUAUUGAAAAAAGUCCAUUAUUAUAAUUAUCUUUCCUUCUUAAACAGAGUAGUCAUGUACUAAGUCAAAAAUCUUCUUGAGUUAAUAGAUUCCCAGAAUUGGGCCUUCGUGAUGUAGUGUGUUAGGAUGUGGGUCCUAAAUUUUGAUGGGACAAACAGAAAGAUCCAUGACAAAAAUUAAAAAAUAUACAGAAAUUCUGCUUUAGCUUCGUCAAUCAUAUUGCAGUCCUGGCUUUACUCUUAUCCAUCAAAUUGCAGACAUAUUCAUUAGAGAAAACAGAUUAUAAUCUAAAUAGGAUUUAGAUUAAAUGUUGAUGGGAGUUAAAACCUCAUUCAAUCAUCCAGUUCUUUUAACUGAUAACUAAAUUUAUUGUCCUCUGCAGGGGAUUAUUAAAACAGGUUUUUACGUAUUGGUCUGUCUGUCACACUUCCUGGGGAAACAAUAACUUUGCUUCUAAUUGAGGUAAAAUGUUCAAACAUGGUGUAGUUGAUCAUUAGGUGAAUGGCUGAGUUCAAUGAUAUGCAUUUUUUGCUUAUGUUAAAUAGAGAUCUGUCUUACUGUUCGGUUGUUAUUACUAUCCUGAAUUUGUGUAUGAAGUUGGAGUGUAUAACAUAUUUUUUUUUACCCCAGUAACCAUUGAUUUUAUCUUCUUAUUGAGGGUAGUAUAUGCUUUUAUUCCUUUUAAGAUCGGAUUUGGAAUGUAUAGUGUAAAUGUAUUUGAGACAUUAUUGCCUCUAUUUGGCAAUUGUUAUUUGAUUUUUCAAAGUAAAACUGAAAUCUUGUAAUUGUGGAGCAUUUAAAUAAUUGUCUACUUUCUUUAAGAGACAAGUAACAGAAUUUUCAAGAUAAAAACGUACCUUAUCAUUGUCAUAUUCAUCGAACUUUAAUGACUUUGUAAUUUAUUAUUCUCAUAUAAAAUAGAACUUUUAUGACUUAAUGAUUUAUUGUUGCCAUAUUAAAUAGAACUUUUAUAAUGUAGAUUUUAUACUAUCAUAUUGUAAAGGGUUUGCUAGUAUUUGACUGGUUUAGAUUAAAAAUUCAAAAAAGACCCCAAAAAGCCUAAGCAUAAAAAACAAAGCAAACCAUGAUUAUGAUAUGGUUUUAGACUUGUAACAGGAUAUCCUAUUCACAUUAUUUCCUUCUGUUUCUGUGUCUUAUACCUUUUGCCUUAUAACUAAGCAAUUUCUCCAUGUCCCUCCACAUCAGAUUAUACUGUAAACACAUAUUAUUAUUACAAUUAUAUAUUAUUCAUAUCUACCAGCUUGAUUUAUUAAAAUAUAUAAAUUUUAUAAUUACUUACAUAUAUAUGUAUAUAUAUAGUGCCUUUGUUCAGUUCUAAGCAAACUCGUUAUUUCCUGAUGUCAAACUACCAAAAAACAAAAAUCAACCACAAAGAACUGUAGACAUGUAGAAGAGUAGUAUCUUUUGGUAUUUUUAGCAGCUUGACAUCAAGGCAUUUAUUAUUUGUUUUUAUUGUUAAGUAUAUCUUUAGAUUUAUUUUUAUGAUUAUACAUAUACUGUAAAUUAUUCUAUGUAUAGAUAAUAUUAGAAAAGUUUAAAAAUAGUAUGACAAUUGACCUUUUGGUAUGUAUGUAUAUAUUAUAAUUUUUAUGUUAAAGAGACUUUAAAUUAUAUGUAUAUCACAGCUUGGCUUUCAAAAUAAAUAUUGGUCGUUAAUUUUAUUAUUAA